AUGAGAACGGACGUCGGUACCAAGCGCGGAAAGCAGGUAUUGGACGACAAGUUAACCCUCGCACCAAUCAACAAUCCGGAACGAAUUCUGGACAUCGGGACCGGCACCGGCAUUUGGGCGAUUGAUGCAGCAGAGAGAUACCCUUCGGCACAGGUAAUUGGCACGGACCUGAGUGCUAUUCAGCCAUCUUGGGUGCCGAACGUGGACUUUCAUAUCGACGAUGCAGAGCUGGACUGGACGUACGAGAAGGACUCGUUCGACCUGGUCCAUAUCCGCCACUUGUCCGGAGGAAUCAAGGACUGGAACCAUGUCCUAAAACAGGCAUUUGAUGUAUGUAAGCCUGGCGGCUGGGUCGAAGUGAUCGACUAUGAAAUGGCUAUCCACAGCGAUGAUGGGACAACCAACGAUAAGUCGAUGGCGCUUCACCGGUUCUAUGAUCUGGUCUCCGAAGCAGCGGCCAAAAAUGGUCGAGGUUUUUCGCUCGUCACAAAAUUAAUGCCAAUACUGGAGGAGACGGGUUUCGUUAAUGGUUCACACCAAAAAUUCAAGGUUCCGCUUGGUACCUGGCCGGCCGACAAGAAGCAGAAGGAGAUUGGUGCCUAUGUAUUGCUUUCUACGGAGAGCGGGUUCGAGGCAUUUGGAAUCGACUUGUUCACAAAUGUUUUGGAGAUGAGUCCGGACGAGUCUGCGACAUUGAUAAAAGAUUGCAUACUGCUUGCAAGGAGCCGGAAUAUUCACAGUUAUUCUAUGCAGUAA